AUGGGUUUUAAGGAAGUUGAGGAGAUGGGUGUGGUUAGAAGUUGGGGAGAGAGUGAGGGUUGGGGGAAAGUGAAACAAAUUGUUGGGUCUACCCUUCCGGAUUCGAAGGCGGAUGAGUCUGCUCUUGUUGCUAAUUUUGUGUCAGAUAAGUCAGUGACGGAGAAUGCAAAGAUGUAUGAUGAAGAUGGCCUUACAGGUGGUCAUGCGGUCAUGCUUGGAGCUGACUCUUUGAGCCAAGCUGCAGCCAUUGAAGCUCUGCAUGCCUAUCCUGGUAGGUCUAUGGUUGCUUUCUUUAUUAUUGCACAAAAUAAGAUUGUCAAGCAAUUUGAGUGCCUUGGGAGUGGGAUGUUUCACUUUAAUCUCUAUAGUUGAUGACAUCUUUAAAACUUACAGUAUGUAUUCAACAAUGAGCAAAUGGACCUUGAAAGGCUUAAAGACCUUGUUUCUGUUGUUGGAAAAGAUAGGCUUGUUUUAAACCUUAAAUGCAGAAAGAGGGAAGGCAAAUAUGCAAUUGUUACAGAUAGAUGGCAAAAGUUCAGUGAUGUGUAUCUUGAUGAGGAAAUAUUGGACUUUCUUGCUAACUAUGCAGACGAAUUUCUAGUUUAUGGUGUUGAUGUUGAAGGGCAAAAGUACCAUGUAAAAAGUCAUGUUAGAAUCAACAUAUGAUUCUUUUGUAGUUUUGUCCCAGCAUUUUGGGUCUAUAGCCUGCCUCUCAGGUGUCUGUGUGUAUGGGUUUUUCAUAUUUGUAAUGUAGAGUCUUGUGCAUAACACCAAUAGAAUUUUCAUUGAAAACUCUUGUGAUUCAUAC